AUGCCUAAAGAUACCACCCUCACUGAAAGGUCAUUUACAACAACAAGACGAUCAAACAGGACUAUUUUAGUUAAAAAAGUAAAAAAUAUGGUUAACAAUAAUAAAAAUACAAAAGCUAAUACAAAGUCAACCAAAAAUACCACAGCUUCAAUAAAAAAAUCAUCGUCAUCAAAUAUAAAACCCACUACUACUGCUACAAAAAAAUCCAUCAUGUCAAAGAAAUCAUCUAAAAAAGAAUUUAAUAAUGGUGUAUCUUGUAAUAAAUCAGAUUCUCAUAAUGAGUGUGCAUUAAAAUUUCGAUCUUCUCCUGCCAUCACACCUUCACUAUACUUUGCCGUUACUCAACAACAAGGUUGGGAAACUGGUGGUCUUCGAUCUGAACAACCUUCAAGAAACACUCAUCCAGACAUGGAAGAUGCUUACUAUGUCCCAUACAUGGCAAAUGAAAAAGUUCAUUAUCCCUCAGAUACUCCUUAUACUUUAUUUGUAUUAGCUGAUGGUCAUGGUGGAUCAAGCGCAUCGAGACAUUUUUGUAGAAUGGUGCCUGAGGCUAUUCAAGAUGUUUUGUGUUCUCAAGCUUCUUGGUCAUUCAGAGAACCUAGUGGUCAACAAUUAUUUAGAGAAAAGGUGAAGGAAAUGUACAAAAGACUCGAUAAUGAAUAUUUGAAUUCUCAGAAAAAAAAGUUUUCAGAAUGGUUAAGUAAUGGUUGUAAGGAUCCUAUGCCAUCUGAUCAAGGUUCAACAUUGGUUAUUGUUAUCUUGUAUGAUGGUGUGGUGAUAAAUUGUAAUCUUGGGGACUCAAUGGCCCUUAUAUGUAAAACUUUACCCUUAACAACUACUGGUAGAAUACCUCUUGAAAUUGUCUAUCAGUCCACUAUUCAUUCUCCUGGCCAUCCACAUAAAGCAUAUCAUAUUGCUAGUAAUGGUCUUUUGAAAGCUCGUAUAUAUCGACCUGAAGAAUUUCAAAAUCCAUACGGUAUGCAAUCUGAUUUAUCACUUAAUCUAGGUGAUACGAUGGGUGAUCUGUAUUUCAAACUUGACCCACCAUUAUUUCCAUGUGAUGCUGAUGUUGAUUAUAUAGUUAUGGAGUCAGGUACUAAUUAUAUUGGAAUAUUGGCACCGGAUGGAUUAUGGGAUCAUUUGAAAGUUAGUAUGAGAGAAUUUAUUAGGAAGUUGGCAAAAUAUAUCAAUUAUUUAAUAGCAAGUGAAGAUCCAAAUUUUUUUACAAAGGUAAACUUACCUGGAGAAGGAGGAAUAGGAGGAGAUGAGUCAUCAAACAAAUUAUCAGAAACUGAAUCAGUACAACAACAACCAUUUUUUUAUAAACUAGGAUCUUCAAGGAGUCAUAAUAUUUUAACUGGUGAACAAUUAUAUGAUCUUGCAAGAGCUUUAUGUGAUAGAACCAAGGAUAGUUUGGAUAUUUUUGAAAAGGAUCAAGGUCGUUACGAUGAUUGUACUGUUAUUGCAUUUUCUUAUAGUUUUUAA